AUGACCCGGGACAGAGUCUCCGAGAAGUGGGAACUACACAGCAGAGAUGAGUCUGAACAUGGGAGCGAUGUGGAGCCUGGUGAUGCUGUGCCUGCCCUGGGCAACCUCAGAGUGGUUAUCAACUUGAAGACAAACAAUAGUCAGAUUAACCUUAAGGUCACCUCCUGUUGUCUGUCCCCAACUAUUCAGCCAGACACCACCAACUCCACCUGCUGCCUUUUCUCCAGGUUAGCAGCAGAGCCUACGUGGAUCACACUGCUGCCCAGUACCCUGUCAACCAGUUCCAGCUUCACCAUUAGUCUCUUCCAAAUGAUUAAUUACUCAGUAGUCUACCUACACUGUGAUCUCAGUGUCUGCCUGAGGAACCGCUCUCUAUGUGAAAGGCAGUGCCUAAAGCAGAGGAGUAAAUCUUCCUUAGAGGGUUCAAAGGCUGCUGAGACCAAUCUCAGGAAUCGCAUAUCCUUUGGUCCUAUGUUGAGAGAAGUGAAUAAUUCUACCUUCCCUGGGGAGAUAGGUAAUUAUUAGCUGUGCCUUAAAACAAAAACGAUCAAUCUGAGAUAACAGCACACGAGAGCUGCCGGGCAGGAAAUGGGCAAUGACCAUGCCAUUUAUCUAGUAUGUUAGGAGAUGAGACAUAAGUGGCUCUUUAUGUGCAGAUAUACUGUAUAUGUAGCUCUCCGUGGGUUUAUCCAUGUGCAAAACAUAUGCACCAAGGUGCUUUGUACAUCAAAAAGUUGUGGAUACGUUCUGUUCCGCAAGGACGCACAAUACUGGAAUGAGAAGAGUAGAAACAGUACAAGAGUAUUAAGCCACAAAAGGACUGGAAUGCCUCUGUCUUUUGGGCCAACAUGUUGCACUUAUCCAAAGAGUGUUGCAAAUCUUGAAUUGUGUAAAAUAGAAAUUGGUAAUAAUCAACACCAUCAAAGACAUUUGCAAUUAAUUGGAGACCCCCCCCCAAAAAAACAUUAGGAUAGUGCUAACAAGUCAGAGUCUCUAUUUGUUUUCAGACCCGUCAGAGCUUGACCUGGUUCUGGUCAUCGUUAGCCUGUUGGUUGGCUUCACUAUCGUCACGGUGACGCUGCUGCUGGUGUGGCUGGCCUACCAUCGCCCGGCAAUUUGGCUGCUCCACUCAGCAUCUCCACGACGAGCCUGCUGUGGGUGUGCUGGAGGUGACUUGAUCCUACCGUGACCAAGGAUGCACCACUGCCAAUUACACUGAUCACGUCCUCACCAAAAUAGCUGCCGACAAUUACAUUAUUCAACAGACAGUGGAGCAGUCAAUCAUAUUAACCGUAGAACAGAGGCGGCCACUUGUAUCAGCCGGUACAGGCCAGACUAGAAGAUGAGAAGCAAUCCAAUUCACACCUCCUCUCGAAGGUGACACAGCUGUUGCAGUCGAAUAUCACACUUAACAAUGAGCAGUCUAUUAUCAUUCGCUGAAAAUAAACACCUUCCCCAAAUAGAAAAGCUGCUCUGAUCCCUUCAUUUUCCCUCAGAGGCAACAAAUCAAUAGUCUUUGUAUCCCACUUUGAGAUAGACUGCUCGUUAAAACCAGUUUACAUAAUGUAUUCAUUCGUGAUUUGACAGUUAUAUUGAGCCUCUGUGAUCAAGUGUUAAGAGAAAAUAUCACUCAUUGGUUUACGAAAAACUCCUAGCUCAUUUUUAGUUGUAAUCAAACGUACACAAACCCUCUGAAAUGCUGGUUUUCAUUUUAUAUGUCCAAUCAAAAUGACAUAUUACAUCAAUAUGUUAUAUGGCAAAUAAUAUACAAAUGGUUAAUCAUUAAUCAUC